UGCUAUUCAUUUUUUACCUAGUUCCAAGAAGUCAAAGAACAUGAUGAAGAGUUGGCUGCCCAUUUUGACCCUUUUCCUCUUGAAGUUCAUAGAGAAAUGUGAGUCAACUGUCAGUCUCACUGUUCCUCCCACUGUGAAGCUUGAAAAUGGCAGCUCAACCAACGUUAGCAUCACCCUUGGGCAUCCAUUAAACUCUACCUUGGUGAUCACUUUUGAAAUCACGUUUCAUUCAAAAAAUCUUACUAUCCUGGAGCUUCCUGAUGAAGUAACAACCUUUGUGUCCACAUCUACAAACCCCUUGUCUCAUCCUCAGCGAGGCAACCAGUACGUGUCAUGGCCCUCCAUUGGCUUCCUGGUACUCGCGUGGCUCUUUGUGUUAGUCACCAUGAUUGUGGCUGCAGUUGGUGUGACCACAUGGCUACAGUUCCUCUUCUGCUUCUCCUACAUCAAGCUCGCCGUCACGCUGAUCAAGUAUUUUCCCCAGGCCUACAUGAACUUUUACUACAAAAGCACCGAGGGCUGGAGCAUUGGCAGUGUGCUCCUGGACUUCACAGGGGGCAGCUUUAGCCUCCUCCAGAUGUUCCUCCAGUCUUACAAUAACGACCAAUGGACAUUGAUCUUCGGUGACCCAACCAAGUUCGGACUUGGUGUCUUCACCAUCUUCUUUGAUGUUGUCUUCUUCAUCCAGCACUUCUGUUUGUACAGAAAGAAACCAGGGCUUCAGGCAGCACACACAGGUCCCGACAGCCAUCCCAGACAGAACUGGGCACCAAGUUUGCAGCCGAUGGCCUUGCCCCAAACCACCAGUGUUUCUGAGACAGCUUGAAGGGCUAACCUUGCAGCUGUGAGAGCCAAGGGUGCUUCCACCACUUCGUUCACAGGGACCAAGCAGCCAGGUGUGCUGUGGCCAAUGGACUCGAAGGUGCUGAUGCUGGUGGUGGAGGGGAGAGGACUAUGGGAUGAGGUUCUGGGGUCCUUUCUCUGGAGGCCACAUUUCUGAUACUGCUCCAGGAAAUGCAGAACACCGGCCCAGGCCGGUGCCUGGUAAAGUAUAUUUCUGAUCCCUGAGGUGCCUGCCAGGUCAGUGUGAAGUGGACCCACACCUAUUGCCCUCUGGAUCCUUACAUAAAAGGACAGAUAACACAGUAAUGUUUUGAUUUUUUUUUUAACUUCUGAGGGAUAUUUUGAAAUGGCUUGCUUUCUUUUGCCAUCUUUCUUACCUCCACUUUCUGAGAGUCGGAUGGAGCCCCAUCUGAGUACUCCACCCGCACUGCUCCUAACCUUAUACCUAUGGAGCAGGCACCUAGUACCAGCCUGUGCCUUAGAGUCAAUUAAGCAUUAAGAGUAGUUCCUCUGGAGGGUAGGGGAGAACAGACCCCUCCCCCCAGCACGUGCGCCUCAAACUAGAACUCCAAUUUCUUAGCUGUUGGGCCUCAGAAGAGCAGGAGCUCACCUCCUAUGACGCUUAUGAGCCCCACCCUGAUCCCAAACCUCCUUCCUUCUUGUCCCAAGUUGUCCUUCCUAUGCCAGAUGGGGAAGGAAGCAGGGUGAGCCUUGAGUUUUCCAAAUUGCUCUUUUUGCUUUCUACAAGACUAAUAUUGAGGGGCCCUUGUAUUUCUCAUUCUUGUAUAUUUUUUCUUGUCUGGUUUCAUUUUGGUGGAGCAUAUGUCCUUAAUUAAAAGGUGGCUUGUUUACUAUCUGUACACUUGGAUCACUGACUAGAUGCAGAAGGCAGUUAUAUUGGACCUUUGGAACCAAGUCCCUGGGGCUUGGAGGACCUUGCUUACUUAUGUAAAGAAAUGCAUAGGGUUGUGGAAUACAUUGACAUAAGGUGGCUGCAUGUUGACCCACACUGGAUCGGAGAAGCCUCCUCGGGUUCAAGAUCCCUGUCCAACCAGAGCCAGGUAGGUUUGUUUCAGUGUCUUAUCUGCCAGUACCAAGGUUCCAUCAGCAUGUUCAGGCUGUGGGUGUGAGCUGGAGUUGGAAGGUUCAGGGUAGGGCAUGAAGCAGGGGUGGUGAAGAUCUUACUCUGUAGACUGAAACAUCUCUAAAGUCAGGCUUGACUAUUUCCUAUAGUCAGGCUUGCAGCCUGGUCAAGCCCAUAGCUCACCUACUGAUUUUUUUUUUUUUAAUAAAAUGUGUUAAUUGGA